UUCCUUUCCAUACGGAGACUGGAGGGCAUAAACGCUCGGCAUUCAUCGCACCAGUCUCAUCGGUGGGGUCGAUCAUAAUACCGCAUCGUACUGUCUGCCAACGGUGCGGCGUGUCAAAGCGCCUUGGCGAUACCUUGCAAGUCGCAGAUAGCGGACUCGCAGAUGUAUCCCGCUGUCUGCUGCACUUGGCAGUAUGUGGUGUUUGCCCGAGACCGAGACUGUAAUGACAUGACUGAGGUCGCUGUGCUUUCAUUGCUGUGACAUUCAUCCCUCAACUCCCAUCUGUGGACUCGUUCAACACCUGAGUUUACACAUUCACACACUGCCUUGAUACCCCUUGCAUCCAUACUUUUGCUUUACAGUCUUUCUUAUAUCAUAUCGUCAUGAUGAGUCGGUCAUCGAUAGGCCGAAUUGCCGCCAUAAUAAUCAUCUUCCUCUUCGUUGUAGCACUCUUUCAAAACGACGAUGCCGGAACAUACACCUUUCUCCCCUCCUUAUCACAAACAUCAAAACUCCCCUCGUACCCGCCAACAUGGCUCCGCGACCGCAUGGCCCUUUCAGAAAAGUCCUGGAAGAAGAGCGUCGAGCUGCGCGAGAAGAUGGCCACAUCACACCCCGACAAUCCCAAAAUCCCCUUCUUCCCAACAGAUUUCCUGAAGUACCCUUUCACAAUCUGGGACUUCUUCCCUGCAACCUGGACCUGUCCGCACGACUUCCAGCGUGUUGGUCGUCUUGGCGACGGCGGAAAAUGGGUCUGCGGCAUGAGCAUCUACGAAAGCAUACCAACACCGAAGCCCAUCAGCGCCGAAGCCGUCGAAGUGCGUGAAGCAGCCAUCCAGGCCGCCGAACAGGGUCUCGCGAUCUACAGCUUCGGUAUCAACGGCGAGUCGUCGUUUGAAGCUGAGAUGCUCGAACGUGUACCUAGUGCACGCAUCUGGGGCUACGAUUUCUCGGUUGAGGGAUGGGGAAAUCAGAUCCCAAUGACUGAACGACACCGCACUUCCUUCAAGAAGGUCGGGCUGGGUAAGGAGGAUAAGCAUGAAGAGAGUCCGGCGUUCUGGACGCUUCCAGCGCUGAUGAAAGAGAACAAUCACACAUACAUCGACAUCCUAAAGGUAGACAUCGAGGGCAGCGAGUAUGAUGCGCUCGACACGUUCAUGGAUGCUUUCGAUGGCGUUCAGAGUGCGAGUGGGAAGAGCGUGUUGCCUAUUGGGCAGGUUAUGAUUGAGCUGCAUCUUGGUAAUGGAGACAUCACUGACAAGGUCAACUUUGAGAGGUUCAAGAAGUGGUGGGAGAGGCUGGAGAGGAUGGGUAUGAGGCCUGCGUGGAUUGAGAUUAAUCUCUUUGCUGUUACGCUGGGCAAGGGGAAGAGUAACCCGAGGUGUACUGAAUAUGUCUGGGUCAAUGCGAAGGAUGAGAGGAGCUUGCUGUGGCGACAGUAGGGGGCUUUUGAGUCAAGACUUUUUGCUUCUGGUAAGGUGUCAAGGCUUGAUCACAUGCAUUUUUCGGCGUACAAUGGCGCUCACGAAAGAUUGGUCUAUAUCGAUAGUCGUUCAAACACUACAUAUGAUAAAUGAGAUCCCUAUUCAGAACCCCGAGUCCUGGUAGAG